AUGGAAGAGGAAGAUAUAUAUUUCCCCGACACCGAUCUUGAUCUCAGCUUCACAUCCACCGUCACCGACCGUACAUUUGCCUCCUCAAGCGGACGCUCCAGCCUCACGCUAAGCUUCAACGACAGACUCUCAACUUCAUCCGUCGUAACAAACUCCUCCACCUCCUCCUCCACCGUCAACCACCGUCGUCACGAUCCUCACUGGUCGGCAAUCAAAUCGGCAAAACAUCUCUCCUCCACCGGAAACAUCCACCUCCGUCACCUGAAACUAAUACGCCACCUCGGCACCGGAAACCUAGGCCGAGUCUUCCUCUGCAACCUCCGCGACUCCUCCGCAAGAUUCGCUUUAAAAGUCAUCGAUCGAAACAACCUCACGACGGCGAAAAAGCUAUCUCAAGUCGAGACGGAAGCAGAGAUCCUCUCCUUGCUAGACCACCCUUUCCUCCCUACGCUCUACGCUCGUAUCGACGAGUCUCACUACACGUGUCUCCUCAUCGAUUAUGCUCCCAACGGAGACUUACAUUCCUUGCUCCGCAAGCAACCUGGUAACCGUUUACCGAUUCAGCCGGUUAGGUUCUUCGCCGCGGAAGUCCUCGUCGCCUUAGAGUACCUUCACGCAAUGGGAAUCGUAUAUCGAGAUCUCAAACCGGAAAACGUUUUGCUCCGGGAAGACGGACACGUCAUGUUGUCGGAUUUCGAUCUCUGUUUUAAAUCCGACGUUGUCCCUACUUUUAAAUCUCGCCGGUAUCGGAGAACUUCUUCUUCACCGUCGCUCCGUCGGCGGAGGAGCGGUUGCUUCUCCGGGGUCGCGGCAGAGGAUAAGUACGAGAGGGAGGAGAUCGUGGCAGAGUUUGCGGCGGAGCCAGUGACGGCGUUUUCACGGUCUUGCGUCGGAACUCACGAAUAUCUUGCGCCGGAGCUAGUCUCCGGCAAUGGACACGGAAGCGGAGUAGAUUGGUGGGCCUUCGGAAUAUUCCUUUACGAGUUGUUGCACGGAACGACGCCGUUUAAAGGAUGUAGUAAAGAGGAGACCCUGCGCAACAUAGCAUCGACCAAUAAGAACAUGAGUUUCCACGGUGAUUCAGAGGAAGCGAAGGACUUGAUCGAGAAGCUUUUGGUGAAGGAUCCGAGGAAAAGGCUAGGAUGCGCCAGGGGUGCGCAAGAUAUCAAACGUCAUCCGUUUUUCGACGGGAUUAAGUGGCCGUUGAUUAGGCAUUAUAAGCCACCGGAAGAAGUUAGAGGUCUUGUGAUUAAGAAGUCGCCGAGAUCACAUGCUGGUCACGUGACGGCAGUUUCACCGCGACGGAGGAAGUCGUUUUUGUGGAGGGCAUUGUCUUAUUUACUGCGCGGUAAAAGCUCUAGUGGUGGAAGUAAAAAUCAUAGCAACAGUAAUUAUUAUCAUUAUGUAAGCAAAAGCUACGCGAGUCGCAAACGCGUUUAA